AAUGAUAAACUGCGUGUGCAUAAUGCAUACUGCAUACGUGCGGCGGCAACUUGUUGUACAGGUUUUGUACGUGUGUAUAUUUACGGCGCAUUAGUUUUGUGAACGUGUGCGGGAUGCGAGUCGACUGCAAAAAAAAAGCCAACAGAAAAGAGCCAGAUUUCACACCUUUACUUCCCCUGACUGCCUCCGGAGUGCCAAGUUGGACAUCCUAGGAGACCCAUCCGAAUGUCAGGACCCUGUGCCGUGGCUUUCCAAGGGAAUAGCGACAGGGGAGAGAAAUUGAAAUUCAGCGAGUUAAGCAGGUCCGAAGUGACGAUUUCACGAAGGUGUAGGUGAACGGACGUUGCACUCGCGGCAAGCGCAACGGGUUGUUGGCAGGGGAAACUUCGCACAACGCACGGCGGACAACACGGCGUUGAUUAGUACUAGAUAAUGGCGACAGCCGAGUUUGUGGGACCCCAUACCACGGGGAGUUUAGGGCCCAUGCACCCCAUGCACAGCGUGGUAGGCCAGCCCAUCAUCGACAUGGGACUGAACGGAGACUCGAUGGAUUCUAGGAAAAGACCACUGGAAGGGGAAGUGGAAAGUGGUGCGGUUAAACGCACAAAUACCGGGAAUGGUGACGACACCAAAUACAUGUUGAAAAUGCUCAUCCCCAGCACAGUGGCAGGUUCCAUUAUCGGGAAAGGGGGACAGACCAUAGCCAAGCUACAACUGGACACAAAAACAGUCAUCAAACUAUCCAAAAACAAUGAUUUUUAUCCAGGUACAACAGAACGUGUAGCAUUGAUAACAGGUACCGUAGAUGCCCUCAACAACGUGUGUUCAUUCAUCAUCGACAAACUGAAGGAGUCUCAGCAACAGGUGACCAAGACGGGAGUGGAGACGAAUUUGAUACCACCAGACAGAGCGAGACAGGUAAAGGUAGUCGUGCCAAACAGUACAGCAGGCCUGAUCAUAGGUAAGGCUGGAGCCAUGAUUAAACAUAUCAUGGAACAGAGUGCCUCUAGGGUCCAAAUCUCCCAGAAAUCAGACGGCAUCACCCUGACAGAACGGGUCAUCACCAUCACUGGGGAGGGGGAGCCCAACAAAAAAGCCCUGUCUUUCAUCAUCGACAAAGUGCAGGAGGACCCGCAGAGCGGCAGCUGCAACAACCUGAGUUAUGCCACUGCCACCUUCCCAGUGGCCAACGCCAAUCCCACAGGUUCGCCGUUUGCCGACGGCGCCGUGGCAGCAGUCAUGCCUUCCAGCAUGGUCAAGGCAGCGCAGAUCCCCGUCACCCCAGCUGGGCUUGCAGGGCUCCCAGCCACUGCCCUAGGUGCUCCUGGUAUGUCAAUCACACCCCAGUCUUACGCUCGGAUACCAACGACUUUAUCCUAUAGUUCAGGUGAUGCAGCAGCCAUUAAUGCCCUAAAUACCUUAGCUAGUUAUAAUUACACCAUACAAGGCCUGCCGAUGUCGGGUAUUGCAGCACCUAACGCCAUAUAUGGGGGCAGCCCAGCCCACUUACAGCCCACCCAGGUCUUCCCCUCUGGUUUACUAGGUGCAUAUCAGGUCGCAGCAGUCGCUGGCAAUUCCAAAACAACUCUACCCUCCCCAUUAAGUCUGUCCUGUUCAGCUGCAGGGGAAAGCCCCAUCCUAAAUGGCUCCCCAACCUUUACCGUCCCUAGCCAUCCUUUGCAGGAGUCCUCAGUGCCUAGUAUGGGGAUGGCAGCUCCCAUGGGCAGCCUUACCAACAUCGGUGGUGGCCUUGGUGGUGGCCUUGGCUCCUUCGCGCUGGCGCAGGAACCCCCCAUGACCCCGGGGACCAAAGAUCCUGCCAGGGACACUGUUCUGGAGGUGGAGGUUCCCGAGAACCUGAUCGGUGCUAUUCUGGGUAAGCGGGGCCAGACGCUGGUGGAGUUUCAGACCACCUCAGGGGCCAAGAUUCAAAUCUCAAAGAAAGGGGAGUACAUCCCCGGCACACGCAACCGUAAAGUCACCAUCACGGGAGCCCCAAACCAAGCCCAGCUUGCCCACUAUUUCAUCACGAGUAAAGUGGCGCAAGAAGAACAAAACCGGGCACUAAAGGGGACCACAUAGAACCGAAUUUACUUUCGCUUCUCCACCUUGAUAGUGAAGCAUUACUUGAAGAAAAAAAAGACAAAUGUCACCGUGCCUUGUGAAAUCAAUUCCAGGGGGUCCCUUUGGACAUGCGCAUCAGCAGGAUCAAUCUGUUUUUGUUCAAGGGGUAAUAAUUUACGUGUGCUUUCAGUCCGCAAAUCAGAAUUGGAUGCUGGACCAUGAACAAAUCAUAAACAGCUGGAAGUGGCACUCUUUACUCUCUCCGCGUAAUUUUGCCUGGAAACGAGCGGAUAAACAAAAUCAACACCUUGAUUAGUGGUUGGUUGGAAAUGUCAAAGUCGUUAAAAGAAGAAAUCAUGAACUUACUCGCUUGAAGAAAACAAAAAAAAAUUUAAUCUGAAGUUGUACAAACAGAAAAUUCAAAGAUGAAUUAUUCAGAUCAGUUCGAUGACAUUUAUUGCGAUCCUGCUCGGCUGUUGUGACACUAAGCGAAGCACUAUAAGCUGUAAGUGUUGCCGGUUUGUCAACGUGGUGCUGAAGAAGAAUUGAGGAUAAUGAUUGGAGCCUUUUAAUCCCACCAAAGUAAGUGUAUAAAAUAAAUUACCAGGAGAAAUCCUAUUACAUGUAUUUUUGUGAUUUUUCACAUCAACUCCUUACCGAAUGAUUGAACGAAUAAUUGUCAGUGAUUUAUGCAAAAUUUUUGUUCCUUCUUUCUUCGUUUUUGUUUUCCUUAUGCAAAGUGAGUCGUAGAAAAAAAAAACAAAUUGAAAAGAAAAAAAAAGUCUGUAAAAAAGAAAUUACAGAAAAAAACAUCUCAGUCCGUUUUUAAUUUGCCAAAAUAUAUAUAUAUUUAAAAAAAAAAAUGUGAAAUCUGACCAAUAUUUAUUACUCUUCAAUUUUGAGUGGGAACAAAAAUAUGAAUGGAGUGAACAGAUGAGGAGAAUUACACAUGAAGCCUUGAUUAAGAGUGAUGAUUGUGCAAUAUUCUGCACGCUUUCAAUAACCAGCCUCACCGUUGCCUUAGAUAUACCACCAAAGAUGAAAACCGGUCAUUUUCCUUCUGUGACUGGAGUCCAUCCACUUUGUUUUGUCUCCUUCAACAUUGGUGCCGGGUAGCAAUGACAGGAUUUUUCUCUCCUUAUUUUUUGUAAUAUCCAGCAGCAGCGCUUUAUAUCCCACAUAACAACCAUCCAUAUUUUCCUUUUAUUUUUUGAGUUUGUACCAUCCAUGCCUCUCUUUUCAUCUGCAAUUGCCCCAAGAGCAGUCUUACCACUACUAACCCUUUUACCAAACAUAUUUUUACGCUUUAUUGGUUGUUCUUUUUUUUUUAAUGUCAUCAAUUCUUACACAAUGACCUUGUGGGCUUUUGUUGUGUUUUGACCGUGAGGUACAUUAAAUAAUUCCACUCACUUCUGUUCAUUGGAUGAUUGACAUGUAUAACCUCACCUCGUUAAGGGUGUUGUUUCAAAGCUGACAGGUCUGUUGUAACCAUUUUAAACUCCAUGUUACCAUGGCAACUGGUUCCCCUUUGCAAAGUACUAUGGCAGCUUGAUAUCUUUAAGGCUAUUUUUCAAGAUUUGUUUUUAAAUUGACGUUGCAAAAAAAACCACCGUACAUUUUAAUUUCCUUAUCGGUGCUGACGUGAGUUGUUUGUGAUUUAUAAAGAUGUACAUAUUUAUAUCCUGUUACUUUUUUUUUCAUAAAAUGGUGCAAAAUCAUUAAACAAAAAUUGUGUAGUGAUUUCAAGUAAUUUCUUACCAAUGACAAUCAACUUGUAUAUUUAUGUCAAAGUACGACACAUCAAGGAGGAUGGCUGGUUGUUUUCAAUUUUUUUUUCAACACAUUAGUUUUAGUUGCCACACCUUUGCAUGAUGGCCACAAACCUUACCAACCACAUCUCAGUCCAGUCACCAGAACAUUCAAAACGUCACCAAACAAAUCAAAGACACCUUUUUUGCAUGAGGUCACAUGACUCCAUCCCAUCCAGCGAUUGGUCAGAUGAAACAUCACUCAGUGUUGAAUUGCAAACGAGCAUUGUAUAGCAACCAGCUAGCCUCUGUGUUGUGUGCGUACUGGCAGACACGAGUCUGAGACAAAAUGAUUCGUUUAUCUUCAGAUAUCAGACGGUUUUCCCUCCUAAAUUUGUCUCGUACCGUAGGAAGACCUCUCCACAAAAUCAGCUUUGUCGCAAUUCUCUUGAAUCAUAAUUCAUAUGUUAUUUUUUUUUUAUUUUGUCAUUUGUAGUCUUUAGCUAGUAGCUUAUUGCAUGCUUCUCCAAGUAAAAAAAAAAAAAAGUGUACCUUAAACAGUUUUCUUGGAAAUCAAUCCAUCACUACACAGAUGUUCACCAGAUGGUGGCAUUUCUUUUAUUCUCAUGUUUUGUUUUAAUGUAAGCAUUUCACCAUGUAACUCCGUGUACAUAUUCCAAUGAUUCCAGUGGGAAAUCUGGCACAAGUUUUCAUCAUGCACUGCCUAAUUGACAAAUGGAGGCAUUAAUCCAUUUUGUGCGGGUGACUCUCACGAUCAGAAAUUGAGAAUGUAAUCAAAUCAUUUGGUGAAUGUCGGGAGGGAGAAAAGUAUCCUAGAACUUUCUGAAGACAGUUGUGCUGUGCGUUUCCCUGGUUUUUUUCUUUUUAGUUGUCAGAUUUUGUUAGUUGAAUUCAAAUCCAUUAUUCAUGUUACACUGUACAUGUACAUGCAGGUCAGACGAAUGCAUGGGCGUUUGGGAAACACUAAACCUAAUAACCUCAUCCAACACAUUUUCUGGAAGAUUUUACCCUGUGACUUGUUUUCACUUGAAGAAACAGAACACAAUUUUUUUUCAAGCCACUGGAAUUUAACUGGUAUGUUCUAACAAACAACCAUUUCAUUGUUUUUGGCCAGCUGGUAACACAAAUACUGAUUUUGAAAAAUGCUACUCUUGAAGUAGCUUAGAACUACUUGUAAAUCCACUGUCCAAUAGACAGUUUCAAAAACCAGUAUCAAAAUCACCUUGUAUAACUUUGUGAACAUGAAGCAAAACUUGUAUUAGUGUGAUGGUUGUACCGUAAGUGUUGUACAAAGUGAAGAACCUCAAAGUUCCAUUUUAUGGCAUUUUUUCCCCUUCUUUUUGUUGCAAGUAGUAAAUAUGCACUCAUGCUGACCUUUGACCUGCAUCAUUUUCUAGUAACGAGGUAGCACAUAAACCGAAUUCACCACCUUUCCCUCCGUUUGAAGACAAACAAAAAUCAAAAUGGCUGCUGCAUCCGGUCACUGCAUUAACAACAGUUCAUUUACUCUGUGCUUGCCAACCGUUCUGCCACAAGUUUGUUGUUUUUUAUACUCUUGUGUUCUCACUUUCCCCCAUCCAUUUGCCGAAUUCUCACCAAGUCAAAAUGUGACGGGGGGUCUGAUAACAAACAUGCACCCUUCAGUGAAGUUUUAAAAUUCAUGCCUGCCCUGGCCACCCAUACUCAAUUGGUGUUUGUUUUUCUCUCAUUUAUUAAUCACCAAUGUUUGUGCUCCUAAAAACGGUUUUCAAACUCCACUUCUGUUUUUCGAACUGGAGUGUCCCCAAGUGACCAAAGAAAAAUGAGACUCUUUGUUGUUGUCGUCAACCAUCAACACAGAUGUUAAAACACGGCACACAUUUUAUAACUCAUACGAUUCUUCACUGUAUUGUGAUCGUGCAGACAUGAGAGAUCAGCCAUUCCUUAAUUUUGUUCAGUUGAAACAUCUUCAUUUUUUUUCUGACUUCACUCUGACUAUAUCUCGUGUUUGCCCAUAACACCGUCACUGCCAUGCAUGCCUCAAUUCAAAGGACGAGAGACCAACAGACAACGUAAACAAUUCUUGUUAAUGCAGUGAUUGAAAAAAACUAAAAAAUAAAUUGACAGUACGAAAAGGCUAUUUGGUCAACCAAAAUAUAUAUAUAAAUAUAUAAAUUUGAAGGAUGACAUUUAUUGUUAUUUCUUAUAUAUAACGAGUGUUCAACGUAUGUAUUGUUUAUGAUAGCAUAAUUAUGUGGACUGUUUUCUUUUUUUGGUUAAAAAUUGUACGGUUGCCUUCCAAUGUAAAGUUAGAUUGUAAUUAACUUUAUAACAAAAAAAAGUAUUUGGAUGUACGACUAAAAAAAAAAAAAAAAAAUCAUUACUUUCAUAAAUCAUAGUAAUUUAUAUGUAUACAGUAAUUUUGAAUGGAAAUUCUUCUUUUAAACUUCUUUAUAUUUUGUUAAAUCACUUGGAACAAAUAUUGAUUUUCUAGAACACUGAUUUGAAUUAUAUGAAUGAAAAAAAACUAACUUGAAUGGGACAGUUGCGACCAAUAUUUUAUCAAGGGUGCUAUUGUUUGAUUGAUGGGAAGAUUUCACCCAACCAGAUAAUUUUUUAAAGACAAUUGAACAUCUUCCAUGAAAAUAACUCUCCACACCCACCUUUCGUGUUAUGUUUUCCCAUAUCAUCUAGUUUAACUGCUCUAAUUAUCGUCAGCUUUAUGUCCUUUCAUAAUUUUUUUGGUUAUUUUUGUUCACUUGGAGCUGUGACACCAUUCAGAAUUUCUCCAGCACUUAAUACUAGCAUUUUUUCCUGGUGAUUUCUCAAUCAGUUGAGACGUCCCCAUUUGUUAGUAGAGGCUUGCCCUGCAUUGUCCUAACUGCUGAGUUCAAAUAUACCUCUGACUUCAAAUAUACCUCUGACUUGGCCCCUCAGACGAAGAGUACUUGACCAUUAGUUCCAAACUGCAAAACGCUGUCGCCAAUUUGAAACUCUAAUUUUGCGAACAGAGCAUGCAGUUCUCUGAGGAUGUUUUGUUAAUCAGGACUAAUACACGCAAAAGACAGGCAACAAGGCCUACUCAGUGUUUGUGGGACAAUGCAGGCAAGCUUUAUGACUACCAGGAUGUACUGCUGACAAGCUAUUUUUUACUGCUGUGGUUUUUUUUGUUGUUCUGUCGUUUUUCUCCGUGCACUGUAUUACACUUUGAUGCCAUGUUUCAUCAUCAUGAUGUUCUUUAAACCAUAUUGCAUAAAAAAAAAAUCAACACGUUGCUCUUAUCCCUGGUACAUCAUUUCCACGUGUCUUGUGUCAUGGUCUUUCCUCUGCUAGUACCCCAUUGCAUGUUGACACUUCUACAGGUUUUAUUUGUUUUUUUGCGUGUAUGAAUUUAUUUUGAUAAUUUUCUGUCGUUUUUAAAGUGACAGUAUUCUUAAAUUCCGAUCUCACUGUAACAUUGAAGCGUCCAAGCUGAAAGUCUAACUUUUCUCCCCACAAGCAUUAGCAGGAGGUCCGUUCACUUUCGAACAUUUUCAUAAUGAGGUGAUGGUUUAUGAGCUAUUAAUGUCCACAAAGUUGUCCUUCCUAUCCUAUUUUUUUUUUUUACCCGACGAUAUUUUUUCUUGCAUUUCAGUUGUUUAUUUUUUUUUUCACACCAGCAUUGUCCCGUCUUUCCCACCAAGCCUUGGCUGUCAGAGGCACACAACUUGUCACUCCCUACCCCUGCUGGCCAAUGGAAGCAUCCCAGUGUUACUAUAGAAACAGAAUCCCCCUCCAUGCUCAGUUAACAGUGCUGAUGAUGUCAUGCCUGGCUCAUUCGGGACCCACAGGGCAGUAAAAUAUACAAGCACUUUCACUAUUGGAGUGAAAAUCUUAAUUUCUUUGUUUGUACAUGUACGUCUAAAAAAUAUCUCUGCCUUUCAAACACAAGUUUGUAAAAUUUGUGAAUUAACUAUGAGACCAACAUGCAUUGAAACGGCAGUGUGCAUGUACAGGCAGCAUGACAUCGUCAGCAACAGGUCUUUUCACACACACCUCUUGCCGAGUAUUAAUUUGCACAGUUCAUUAGUCCAUACGCCAUUUUAAAAAACCAAAACCAAACUACAAGUGCAUUUUUCAAAACCAGUAUUUUAUGUAUUUGUUGGUCACAGAAAACCUUUGAUCGGGGACGUUUUCAGUUAUAGAAUGCUGCGUAGCAUCAUUGGAGAUAUAUCUUGUGUUGCUGAAUGGACAGGGCAAGAUUAUGUGGGCUAUAGUAUAAUGAUCUUCAGUGAUUUAUCUAACAUGCUGUCCCAUUGGUCAGCCUCAAGCAUUACUGAUGUGAACAGAGAUCCAUGCUAACCAAUGAGAGUGGAGGAGUCUUCACAAUGGCUGGGGUGAUGAUGAUAGGAGUCACUACCAUUAUAACCAACACUUUGUCUGACACAUGAACAAUCUCAUAUAAAUACUAAUAUAGAUUGUAGGCUUUUAAAAGGUCAAAAAGGAGACUAAAGGCCAUGAAAAGUAUCAGAUAAAGUAGCAAAAAACAUGGUUUGGUUUCAGUGGGACCACACACAUCAGAAGACUUCCUUAUUCAUUCAUCAUGCUUUUGCAUUUUGUUGAUUGACCGCUAAACACAAAUGCUCCUUUAACCUUACCCAUCAUUUUCCUAGACACAAAAAACAUCAACACUUUCUUGUUUAUGAGUUUAUUCCCCCCUUGUCUGUUCCACGUCUAGUGUUGUCAUGGCUUUCGAUGUUAUUUUGGUUUUAUAACAAAUCCCAUUGCACAUUAAUACAAGAGGAUUGAGAUUUGCUGACCUGGAAAACGUCACUGAACUCCUAAAACUACUGCACACCCCUCAAAGCUGUUGGUGUUCAGUUUUCAUCAAAUUCACCAUCUUUGCAUUUUUGUUUGCACAUGGCAGCCAUCUUGGCAAUGUAUCCAGGAACCGUAUCCAGACUCCAUGCCACUGUAAUCAUAAAACAGAUGGUUUGAAUCGAAGGCACCCGGCCUUUUUGAGGGGGGUGGAUGGUUUCACCCUUUCCGAGUGGCAACAUGUACACAUCAAUUAUCCAAGAUGGCUGUUGCUUACAGAGGGGUCAAACGUUACUGCCGUUCAUGUGCUGAGUGUGUCUGUUCCUCCAUGGUCUGUGUGAGAUUGUGUUGGACACCUCGGUGAAAGGAUUUAAUUUACUGCCAAAACUGCCAAAAACCUCUAUUUCAUUUGAGAUUCAAACCUGUUUAUAUACACCCACACCUAGUAAUUCAGCAAGUAAUUUCAGUCCUGAAAAUAGAUAAACACCCAAAUAUCUUUCGGUGAAAAACGGGUCAUAAGCUGAACGAAAUGAUUGCAAAUACAAAUGUAUAAAGGUCACAAGAAGGUCACAUGCCAUAGAGCAAAUGGAAUGGAACAUAAGCACAAAUGGAUUCCAGUACGAGGUAUUCCGGGGUGCACUUACAAAAGUCAUUCAUCAUGUCAUGUCAGUUUUCCCCAGAGAGAAAAAAAUCAUCGCUCGUUCCAGUCUUGUUGCACAAGACGUAUUACUGAAACAGAAACCCCCCUAAAAAAUGGCAGUUUCAAAAUUUUGGACGGCAUUUUACUGCACAGUGAACAAAGACGUGCAUUCAGACCAAGAUAUACGCGAUGUACAGAAUGAUUACUCCCAAGUUGAAGUGCUUAAUCGUGAACAAAGUUACUUUUGGUCUCUUGCAAUGAAUAUUUUGAGUCUCUAUAAGGAGAUAGGCCAACAGACCUUUUCAAGUAUUGACUGAGCUCUUUGAGCCAUAAAAUUAAGGACCACUAGAACUGACUGUAUGCCUCCUUUAACUACGGAACGUUACUUGUUACGAACAGUUUGUUUUGUUCAUCAUGGAUUAUCCAAUCAACAGUUAGGGUUAGGGACUUCGUCUAUUGGCAGUCCUGGUGCUGUGCUAAGUGUCUGACAUGCUGCUUAAAACUCUCCCACCCCCUCAUCCAUCCAAUUCUGCAAUUAACACCACGUCCACUUCGGCUCGUGUUACUGACCCCUGGUACAUGUGUAAGUUGGUAUACGGAUGAACUCCAUUUUUUACCUGCAUGUGUUCCGCCCUCCACCCCUUUCCUUCACCUGACUCCUCCCCUUCAGCAAAGGAUGUUUCAACAUGUUUGCAGCGUGCUCAUUUCACACCGUUAUGUUCUACAGGCUACUGAUGGCGCACGCCAACUUCCCAAGGUGCACUGCUAACAUGACCAGACUACUAUGCACUUCUACCAUUGUUCCACCGGAUCAGUGUAUUACACUCGAUCGACCAUCCGAUUUUGUUUCAAACAUGCAUGAGACUGAGCAACAACAUCACCAAAGCCAUCACGAGAUUAAAACUAAACACAACCAUUUGUGUCACAAACAGUACAACUUUAUUAUGUUCAAAGAGCUUCAUAUUUUUUUUCUUCAAUUAAGAUUUAUAUUUUGUAGGGAUUUCUUUAUCACACAGAAUCAGUCAAGAUGACGGAACUUAUUCUUGCCUAUUUGAAAUGCAUUUUUGCUUCGAAAGUUGUUGAAACUUAAAUCUGAUGAAGAUAUAGUAAUCGGUCAUUUAUUAUUCAAAACAACACACACGUGCAAAGCAAUGACACAUUCAGAGUAGUUUACUUGUUUUAUUUAAAUGAUGAGUUUCUAUUUUAAGUUUACUGUUAACUCGUAAGACAAUUCUUAGCAGGUUUGACAUUUUUGGUUAGCCACGACAAAAUGAUGGACCAUGACUUUUCCACUCCUUUUUGUGUGUGUCUCAUUUGGUUGCCAUAACAACUAUGGAGAGUACAUCCUCACCAGACAUGGUAUUCACGCGCUUGUAGUUCUUCCCAAGAAGUAGUGAAAUAAUCCAACUGUCACUGUUGGGCUGAAAUUCAUAUGGCGUAGUUAUUCAUAAUAGUUUCAAAACUCCUUUCUGGCAUAAAAAUGUUUGCAGGGCGUUCAGAUCAACAUUUUAUCAGCAAAGCCAUUCUUAUCCUUCCAAGUCAAAUCGUGCCCCACAAACUGAAGAAAAAAUGCAAAAUAUUUCCAUUUUUUUGAUCCCAAAAUUUCCCAUGGAUUUAUUUUGUACAAAUCACAUGAUUUUAAUGAGUGAUUAGUUUCUUUGUAAAACUGGCUCGGCAUUUUCACCAUGAGAAAUGUUUGAUCUGAAACCACUUGCAAUAUAAACUACUACCAAACCAACAUCAUUGUGGGUGUAUUUAACAUAGCUUCCACUACAACAUCGUUUGCGAAGCAUGUGCACAUUCUUUCUGACACAGAAACAACUGCAACAUUGCAUUCUGGGAGUUUGGGACAAUGGUUUUGUUCAUUUAUUUUACCCCCAAAUUGAUGUUCGUAGCAUUUUUGUUUCAUUGGACAAUGGAGCACAGACAUAUCGCAAUGACCAAAAUCAUUAUGUUGAUUUUUGUACUUUCUGCUUUCUUCUGUUUUUUGGAUUAACAUACUUCAUACCUAACAUGAAAAAAACGACAAAACACUCCACCACAUCCAGAGCUUACGUAGUUACUUUGGCGAUCAUUCUGCAUGGUGUAACCAUAGUAACAGACAGAUCAACCUCCAUCUUUUUCCUGUCUAUUCAGCCUUUGCAUGACGGGAUAUCAUCGUCUUGUGGUAUUCCAUGAUUUUUUAAUUUUUUCCCCCUUGUAGAGCCUGUCUUCCCGAGGUAAGUAUUGGAGCUCAGUUAUUAAAUCAAAUAAAUGAUUCUAUGUAUUGCUUUUACAACAAAAAAAAA